AUGUCUGAAUUUGAAGGUUACGGUAAAAUAAGCGAAAGUAGUAGUAAUUGGACUUUAGAAAAAUCUGAUAAUACAACAUUCAAACGAACUUUAUGGUGUGUAACAGAAAAAGUUCAUGGAGCAAAUUUUUGUUUUGUAUGUGAUAAUAAUGGUCAACGAAUACGAUGUGGAAAGCGAACGAGUUUAUUAUCUGAUACAGAUGAUUUUUUUGGUUACAAACGGCGGUUAUUCAAUGAAAUUAUUCCUAAAAUUCAACAACUCUAUCAAUUUGUCAGCAACAUAUAUCCGAAUAUAGAAAAAUUGUAUGUAUUUGGUGAAUUAUUUGGUGGUUCUUAUCCACAUUCAGAUGUGCCAAAAGUACCCAAUGUAAAUGCAAUUCAAACUGGUAUUUGGUAUUGUCCUGAUAUUGAAUUCUAUGCAUUUGAUUUAGCUAUUUUCAUGAAUGAAAAACAAACUUAUCUUGAUUAUGAAUUUGCUAUAACUGCUUUUCAACAUGUGAAUCUAUUUCAUGCUGAACCAUUAUUUAUUGGUAAAUAUGAAGAAGCUCUUGAUUUUAAACUUGGUUUUAAUUCGUAUAUACCAACUAAACUUGGACUUCCACCUCUUCAUGAAGCAAAUAAAGCUGAAGGUAUAGUAAUUAAACCAAUGCAUGAAAUUAUGAUUAAAACAAAUAAAGGUUCUCUUAUACGUGCUGUUGUUAAAAAGAAAAUCGAAGAAUUUUCUGAAGAUAAAUAUAAUCAAGCACAAAAACAAGUGCUUAAAAAUGAAGAAUUUUCAAAUGUUGAUUUAUUACGAUUUGAAAUUGAUGCUUUAAUUACUGAUAAUCGUUUAAAUAAUGCACUUAGUAAAGUUGGACAUGUUACUAGAGAUGAUAAAGAAAAAUUAAAAGAAUUAUUAAAUAUUUAUGUCAAUGAUGUUAUUGAACAAUUACAUGAAAAUGGAAAUGAAGAUAUGUGGUAUAAUUUAUCCCCGAAAGAUCGGCAUUUAUUGACAGAAGAAUUAACCUUAAAUGGGAAAAAAGCUAUUUUAAAAUAUUUAAAAACAAAUAAAUAUUAA